UCAGGUCUCACUCCUCAACUCUCCUGGGCGCAGCACUUGAGCUUCGGAAGAACGCCGGCACUAUCUUGAAUAAGGGCGGCACGUUUUUCUGUGAAGCCAUGGCGCUGAUCCUUCAUGCAGGGAAAACUAAUAAAAAUGCCUACAAGACUCUCAUUGCCGCUGAGUACAGUGGUGUAGAUGUUAAAUUGGCACCGAAUUUUGAGAUGGGUGUUUCUAAUAAAACUCCUGAAUUUCUCAAGAUGAACCCUAUUGGCAAGGUUCCUGUGUUGGAAACGCCAGAUGGUCCAGUUUUUGAGAGUAAUGCGAUUGCUCGCUAUGUUGCUCGAUUGAAAGGUGACAACGCAUUGUAUGGAUCUUCUCUAAUGGACUAUGCUCACAUUGAACAGUGGAUUGAUUUUUCAUCAUUGGAGAUUGAUGCUAACAUUAUCACCUGGUACAGACCAAGAAUGGGACGAGCCACUUACCUUCCUCCUGUUGAGGAAGCUGCAAUUUCUGCGCUGAAGAGAGCAUUGGGUGCAUUGAACACUCAUCUUGCUUCUAAUACGUAUCUAGUUGGGCAUUCUGUCACCCUAGCAGACAUUGUUAUGGCAUGCAAUUUGUUUCUGGGUUUCACUCAGCUCAUGACUAAGAGCUUCACCUCAGAGUUUCCUCAUGUUGAGAGAUACUUCUGGACGUUGGUCAAUCAACCCAAAUUCCAUAAGAUCUUAGGUGAGGUUAAGCAGGCUGAAAGUGUUCUACCCAUACAAUCCGCACAGAGGCCCAAAGAAUCUUCUAAACCUAAGAAAGAAGCUCAACCAAAGAAAGAGGCUAAGAAAGAAGCCCCUAAAGAGACUGAAAAGCCCAAAGAGGCUGAGGUGGAGGAGGCACCCAAGCCCAAACCCAAGAAUCCUCUUGAUCUUCUUGCUCCAAGUAAGAUGAUAUUGGAUGAAUGGAAAAGACUGUACUCAAACACCAAGACUAACUUUCGUGAGGUUGCAAUCAAAGGAUUCUGGGACAUGUAUGACCCUGAGGGAUACUCUCUUUGGUUCUGUGAUUAUAAAUACAAUGAUGAGAAUACUGUUUCCUUUGUGACUAUGAACAAGGUUGGUGGAUUUCUUCAGAGGAUGGACCUUGCUCGCAAAUAUGCAUUUGGGAAAAUGCUUGUGAUUGGAUCUGAGCCACCAUUUAAGGUGAAGGGGUUAUGGCUAUUCCGUGGGCAAGAAAUACCACAAUUUGUUAUUGAUGAAUGCUACGACAUGGAACUUUAUGAAUGGAGAAAGGUUGAUAUCUCAGAUGAAGCUCAAAAGGAGCGUGUCAAUCAGAUGAUUGAAGAUUGCGAGCCUUUCGAGGGUGAGCCUCUCCUAGAUGCCAAGUGCUUCAAGUGAAAAAUUAGUCCCUUGUUGGAAGGGCUUUUAUUCGUGACGCUUCCUUUUUUGAGUAGAAUUCGGUUACUUGUUUAAUUUAUAGUGAAGUAUUAGCAUUAUGUGAUUUGAGAAACAUUAAAACCAAAGAGUUUUUGAUUUUACCAUCUUAAUUUUGAGAGUAGAAAGACUCAUGCGAGCGUGAUGUUGGUCUCAUUUUGAGUAUAAAUUUGUAUGAAGCUGUGCUUGUGUUCUGGGAUUAGAAGUCGGAUAAAUUUGGAAU